AUGUUCAGACGUCACUCGAUAUCCGAGCUGGCAUUCCUGCAGAUGGCCAAAGAUACUGGCGCUUUCCAACAUGUCCCAGAUAAUCGCAUCUCAGUAAGGCCCGUGAAUCUAUAUCAUUUCAUUCCCGAGUCACAAAUACAACUGGUGGAAGACAAAGUCGAUAGUCAACUGUUGAAGUCAUUUCUUCUGUCGCCUCCUUCAGAGCUCAACAUCCAAGACCAAAUCGCCUCCAUCGGUGAAGCUAUCGGGCGAUGGCUUGCUUGUUUCCAUACUUGGGGCAGGAGUCAGAUUGAAGAAGGUCCUUUGGAAAUUUUUCGGCGCAAUGAAGAUCUUUACUGCAAGACACCCAGCCCUUUAUAUGAAGCGGUUGCCAACCAGUGCGAGGAUGAAAUGCUCCGGCAAGUAGUCCUUGCAGCUCUUACCAAGAAGGACCAAAGAGUGCAGGGUGUGAUUCAUGGAGACUUCUCCCCACGAAAGUAUGCUUUGUCUUCCCGUAUUCAUAGUCAUAUGCUGACAAAGACCAACAGCAUUCUCAUCCAAUACUCAUCUUUACCAGCUGGCACAGAGCUUACCAUUAUUGAUUGGGAGACUAUUACAUAUGAAAAUCAACUCCACGAUUUUGCCAAUAUGAUGGCCGUCAUCUACAUCCAGCAUCAUUUCAGUGGUGCUAGUUCCUUCAGCUCGUUGAUUCAAGGAUUUGUACGGGGGUAUCAAGAUUUGGACGCGGACUUAUUCGCCGAAGCCUUGAUUCUCAUCGGAGUCUGGAUGCUUUUCUUCAGGCAAAUCAUGGUGGGACCUGGAUUACCGGACACGUCCCAGACAGAUCCAAAGGGGAAGUUAAAGGCAUUAGCAAUCGAUCUUAUAUCGAAAGGAGCGAAGAGAAAUGUUGGUACACCCGAUGGUGACCUUAUAGAAUUUUUAACUAGUGCAUGA